UAUACUUUCACAUUUAUAAAAAAUAAAUAGCUAUGGAGAAUCUUAGAUGACAUAUGCUCAUUUCUCAUCACCUUCCUAAGAAUUUUUAUGAACGUGAUGCCAUACACAUAAAUCCUUCUCAAAGAAAACCAUAUAAUAACUCCCUUCUCAUCAUGUCCAUGCAUAUCUCUUCUUGCAUCAAGAUCCAAAGGCUAAACUACUUAGAAUUAUUUCACUACUAAGUUGAUCAAAUACAAGAUUCUUGAUUUACUUAUCAUAGGUGUAUCAAAUAUAUGGGGUUGAGUACUAAUUUGGUUUCUUUAGAUGAUCAAGGGCUUGAUAAUUGGAGCCAGAAUUCUCUACCAGAGCUACCAGAACCACCGUCGAUAAGGCGGCAGCCGACACCAAAACCGGAGCCAUUGAAGUGUCCGAGGUGUGGCUCAAUCAAUACCAAGUUUUGUUACUACAACAAUUACAACAAAUCACAGCCUCGCCAUUAUUGUAAAGGUUGUAAAAGACAUUGGACAGAAGGUGGUACUCUUCGUAACGUUCCCGUAGGCGGUGGCCGAAAAAACAAGCGGUUGAGGCCGACUGAUCCCGUUGAUCAUAUAACUAGGAUGGAACGUGUCACAUUAGAGGUGAACGAUCAGAGGUGUCCUCUAAUCAGCACGACCGUGCCAACUUCUACCAUAAGGGGAAAUAUUACUACUUUGGAUGAAGAGAAAAAAGAAUCUGAUAUUUUCUAUCCAACACUACCAUUUGAUCAUACAAUUAGCAAUUUUUCCAAGAAACCUUUCAAUGGAAAUUACAAUGACAUAUUUUCAGGUCUGAAGUUAGAUGGAAAUACACAUUUUUCUUUCUCUUUUGAUACUGUUCCAUGUUCUCUUAGUACUCAAACUUCAAAUAUUUGCAAUGAAUACAUGGGAAAAUUUGAUAGUACAGUGGAGGAGUCAACCAUAACCACAGUCAAGCCAAUUACAAGCAACACUGAUCUCCUUUCUCAGCCAUGGCAAAUUCCAGAAACAAGCAAUAAUGUUACUGAAAAUAUGUCAAGUUAUUGGAAUUGGAACGAAAUCGACACGUUGAGUACAGCUGAUCUCAAUAUAGCAUGGGAUGAUUUAGAGAUCAAACCAUAAGGGAAUAAAGAGAAAUGAAAUGUCGAUUUUAUUAGAAGAUUUUGUCUAUUAAUCAGUUCAAGGAUUUGCUUUAGUAUGUAAAUUUCAUGCUUGCUAUUAUUGUUCAAGUCUUGAUAAUUACUAGUAACUUGACCUUGGUUUUUCACAAAAAUGUAUAUUCCCAUAUCAUCUCUUUAUCUAUGUAACCGUCGAAUUUCUGAAACUGACUUUUUUUCUAUAAGGUUU